UAAUCAGCUGCAACGCGAACAAUCAGGAAACUGGACGAUGAACCAGAGACGUGAAUAAAAGCAUCUGAUCCCGGAUCUGCUCUCUGGACCGAGAGGAGGAUUUUUGGGGGAAACCUUGAAAGCACCGCGUCGUCAGUCGCUUCCUGGAAGGAGGAAGACGAAGAAGAAGAAGAGGAAACAGAAGAAGAAGAAGAAGAAGAAGAGACCGGGCGGCCGCAGCAGCAGCAGCGGGCCACCACCUCUCCUCACCCGGGUUGAUUCCACCGUGUUACCGAGCCUCGAACCGGGAGUUCCGACCAGUGGACCGGAUGUCUCUAUGGUCCCGUUAACCCACCGGCGAGAUUCACCGCGACCCGUUAGCACAAGAGGUGAGCCAUGGCCGAACCAAACGCCUCCCGUCCCCAGAGGAAGAUGUCCACCGCCGGGGAGAGUGUGUACAAGGUGCUCGGGCUGGAGAAAGGAGCGACUGCUGAGGACAUCAAGAAAGCAUACAGAAAACUAGCGCUGAAGUAUCAUCCGGACAAGAACCCGGACAACCCGGAGGCAGCGGAUAAGUUUAAGGAGAUCAACAACGCCAACUCUAUUUUAAAUGAUGAGACCAAGAGGAAGAUUUACGACGAGUACGGCUCCAUGGGCCUGUACGUGUCCGAGCAGUUUGGAGAGGAGAGCGUCAAAUACUACUUCCUUAUGUCCAAGUGGUGGUUUAAGGGUCUGGUUCUGUGCUGUACACUGUUCACCUGCUGCUGCUGUUGCUGCUGCUGCUGUUUCUGCUGUGGGAAGUGUAAACCACCCGAUGACGACGAGAACUACCAGUACGUGGACCCCGAGGACCUGGAGGCCCAGAUCAAAGCAGAGCAGGACGCAGGCUUCUUGUCUUCGUGCUCCAACCCAACAGGUAACACAGUAAUCAUAGGCCAGCCCAAAUCUAACCCGGCUCCAGAAAGCUCCGACGGCCCGGGUCGGCCCAUCCCGCUGCCGCUGGCCAUGCCGCCGCCGGCCGAGCCCAAGGCGCCGAGCUCGGCCGGUCCAGCAGGGGCCGAGAACCCCGGGGAGACUUUACCAGAGUCGAAAUGACUCGAAAGUGACGGCGUGGAUGAGCCUCGACGAGCAGAAGCAGAUGGCCUCCCGAGCUCCGUUACCGACCCUGCCACACACGACUGCUGCCGGACGUCCAGAACCCCAGAGAUCGACCAGCCCAGAGCCACCAGCCAUCCCAGCCCU